CACAGAACGAGAGGACGGAACGAGGGGACGGAACGAGAGGAAGGAACGAGAGGACAGAACGAGAGGACAGAACGAGACAACAUAACGAGGGGAUAGAACGAGACGACAAAACGAGGGGACAGAACGAGACGACAGAACCAAAGGACAGAACGAGACGACAGAACGAGAGCACAGAACCAGAGGACAGAACGAGACGUCAGAACGAAAGAACCGAACGAGAGGACAGAACGAGAGCAUGGAACGAGAGGACAGAACGAGAACACGGAACCAGAGGACAGAACGAGACGACAGAACGAAAGAACCGAACGAGGGGACAGAAUGAGAGGACAGAACGAGACGACAGAACGAAAGAACCGAACGAGGGGACAGAAUGAGAGGACAGAACGAGACGACAGAGUGAAAGAACCGAACGAGAGGACAGAACGAGAGCACGGAACGAGAGCACAGAGCGAGGAGACAGAACGAGAGGACGGAACGAGAGCACAGAACGAGAGGACGGAACGAGACAACGGAACGAGAGCACAGAACGAGGGGACGGAACGAGAGCACAGAACGAGAGGACGGAACGAGAGGACGGAACGAGAGGACGGAACGAGGGGACAGAACGAGAGGACGGAACGAGAGGACAGAGCGAGGGGACAGAAUGAGGGGACAGAACGAGAGCAUGGAACGAGAGGACAGAAUGACAGGACGAAACGAGAGCACGGAAUGAGAGGACAGAACCAGAGAACAGAACGAGAGGACAGAAUGAGGGGACAGAACGAGAGCACAGAACGAGAGGACCGAAUGAGGGGACAGAACGAGACGACAGAAUGAGAGAACAGAACGAGAGGAAAGA